AUGCGUGGGUCGCAAAUGGAGAGGGGGAAGAGUAAUCUUCUUCCGGCUGAGAGUGAGCUCGAGCUGGGACUAGGGCUCAGCAUCGGCGGUGGCGCGUGGAAAGACCGUGGGAGAAUUCUAACGGCUAAGGAUUUUCCUUCUGUUGGGUCUAAACGAUGUGCUGACUCUUCCUCUCACCAAGGAGCUUCUCCUCCUCGUUCAAGUCAGAUAGUGGGAUGGCCACCAAUUGGGUCACACAGGAUGAACAACCACCAAGCUAUGAAGGCGGGGACCAAAGCUGAAGAAGAAGAAGAAGAAAAGAAUGAUGAGCCUAAAGAUGACGUCACAAUGAAGGCGAAAGUUGAGGGUUUAGGAGGGUAUGUAAAAGUGAAUAUGGAUGGAGUUGGUAUAGGCAGAAAAGUGGAUAUGAGAGCUCAUUCUUCUUACGAAAACUUGGCUCACACGCUUGAGGAGAUGUUCUUCGGAAUCACAGGUUCUACUACUUGUAGGGAAAAGGUGAAGAAACCUUUGAGACUUUUAGAUGGAUCAGCAGAGUUUGUACUCACUUAUGAAGAUAAGGAAGGAUAUUGGAUGCUUGUUGGAGAUGUUCCAUGGAGAAUGUUUAUCACUUCAGUGAAAAGGCUUCGGAUCAUGGGAACCUCCGAAGCUAAUGGACUUGCUCCAAGACAUGAAGAACAGAAGGACAGACAGAGAAACAACCAUGUUUAGCUUGGCACUGUUACUCUAUACCUUUUGAAGCAAGUAUCCUAUAAAAGCUGAAGCUUAAGAUUUGAUAGUAAUCUUGGUUUUUGUUAGAGGUUUGGAAUAUGGUUUUUUAUUAGGUCAUUCAAUUAGUAGUUUUCUUGGUUUUUUUUUAUCUUCCCAUUGUUUCUUUUUCUUUGUAUCAGUUGUCUCUCUUCUCAGAGACAGAAUGUUCUUUGUUUAUUUCUUUCUUUCUUAUAUUGUAAAUAGUUGAAGCUGUCUAAUGUGAUAAUGGUUCUGUU